AUGCAUGUAGCGCGGGAAAUGACAACACUUGGUGAUAUUCGGCUCAUCAGCAUUGCAGGUGAAACAGCGACCACUUCGGAACCUAACGGUCUCUCUACUUAUCCUGAUACUACGGCUGCGCCUAAUACAUUUCAACCUACAACAGCUUCACCAACCACAGCUGCAUCGACGGGAAUUGUACCUCCCUCAGGAACACCUACUUCAGAAUCAAUUUUAACAGUCGCAUCGACUACAGCCUUAUAUAAUGAAGCUGAACCGAUUACGCUAGCUACGUCAACAUUAGGUCAAACUUCAUCUGCACAGACUGCAGCAGCACCUACUCCAGCUGACAUUACUUCAGCCGAAUCGACUGCAGCUGCACCGACGACAGUUGCACCUAUUACAGAAGCAACUCUUGAGGUUGUACAUACUGAAACUCAACCGAUAACAUUAGCAACUUCUACAGCCACGACUACAGGCGCACCGAAUACAGCCGCAUCGACUGCAGCUGCACCGUCAACAGCUGCAUCUAUUACAGAAGCAACUCCUGAGGUUGUACAUACUGAAGCUCAACCGAUAACAUUAGCAACUUCUACAGCCACGACUACAGGCGCACCGAAUACAGCCGCAUCGACUGCAGCUGCACCGUCAACAGCUGCAUCUAUUACCGAAGCAACUCCUGUGGUUGCACAUACUGAAGCUCAACCGAUAACAUUAGCAACUUCUACAGCACCGACUACAGGCGCACCGACUACAGCUGCCGCGAAUAUAGCUGCACCUACUACAGCUGAUACUUCUCCCGCCGAAUCGACUGCAGCUGCACCCACGACAGUUGCACCUAUUACAGAAGCAACUCCUGAGGUUGUACAUACUGAAACUCAACCGAUAACAUUAGCAACUUCUACAGCCACGACUACAGGCGCACCGAAUACAGCCGCAUCGACUGCAGCUGCACCGUCAACAGCUGCAUCUAUUACAGAAGCAACUCUUGAGGUUGUACAUACUGAAGCUCAACCGAUAACAUUAGCAACUUCUACAGCCACGACUACAGGCGCACCGAAUACAGCCGCAUCGACUGCAGCUGCACCGUCAACAGCUACGUCUAUUACAGAAGCAACUCCUGGGGUUGUACAAACUGAAGCUCAACCGAUAGCAUUAACAACUUCUACAUCACCGACUACAGGCGCAUCGAUUACAGUCGCCUCGAAUAAAGUUGCAGCUACAGAUGUUGUACUAAAUAACGCUAAUUUGCAUUUGAAUGCUUGA